AGUUGUACAGAAAAACUUGGAAGAACAUUCAUUAGUGCAACUCUUAUCACAAAUCUUGAUCAAAGGUUUGUAAAAUUCUUCAUUUUGGAAAAAUGAGGACAGAGAUUUUUACACUAACCUUGACCUUGGUGACUCUCGCAAAACCUGUUGAAUUGAUGUUCGGAUUUUCGAAGACACAAGUGGUCGCAGUUGACCGUCCUGCCAUUCAACUUUCUGGUGUUACACAUUUUGAAAGUUCUUAUAAUCGAGGUAGCAUUUUUCGUAUACCGCCAGGCACAGUUCGUGCUGACCUGCAACAGGUAGUAACAGAUAAGAAUCACGAGUACAUUAUUGGAAUAAUCCCAUAUCAUGAUUUUUGUCCACUUAUGGUUCACAAAAAAAAUCAUUAUAUUCCCCAAUCUGAAAUUCAUAAUCCUGUUCACUAUGAAAAAGUUAAAGUGCUGAUAAAUGGAUUGAUUGCCAACGUGACUGUACCAAUACCACAGAAUGAUAAUCUGAAUAAGAAGUUCUUCAAGCCAGUCAAACCAACACGCAUAAUUCCUGCACUGCUACACCGCUAAUUUGACUGUAUUUUUAGCAUAAAAUAAGAGCACAAAAAAAUUCUUAUAUUUUCAUAAUUUUUUUUCUAGAGAAGUGUUUUUUAAAUGAUUGGGGAUUAUGGCCCGAAUAAGUGCUAAUAAAUCUCCUGAAAUUGUGCCAAGAAAUAUUUUAGGUAAUGCACAUUUUUCAUUCAAUGUUAUAUCUUUAUUUCACAAGUGCACAU